UGGAAGCCUCGAGGCGCUAACGGCUCCGGCGGCCCGGGGCUGGUGGUGCGGCAGCCGUCACCCCGAGCUGCCGCCCGCCAAGGUCAGGACGCCGCAGUACCCCUCUGCUUCCACCUCGAUAACGCCUUGGUCGGAGCUCUCAUAGGUCGGGGUGGAGCUAAAAUAAGAGAACUGGAAGAAUCUACAGGUUCUAGAAUAAAGGUUACAAAGGGAGCCUGGGAAGCUGAAGUGAAGAUUUUUGGCAGCACUGCUGUGCAGAACAAAGCCAAGAUGUUGAUUGAUGAUGCUGUUACAAGAUCUGGGCAAAACUACAUUAGAAGUGGAACUGAAAAAGGAAGAACCUUGGAUGUUGUCAAGCCUGAAAAUAAUCCAAAGAAACCAGGGAUUAACUGGGCCUCUCUUCGAGAAAACAGAGCUAAAUACGAAGCUAUGAAGUGGGCAGGCUUGCCUCCCAUUGAGAAGAACUUCUAUAAAGAAUCACCAAGGACUGCAUCUAUGUCACCAGAAGAAGUGGAAGUGUGGCGGAAAGAAAAUAAUAAUAUAGUUUGUGAUGACUUAAAAGAAGGUGAGAAGCGCUGCAUUCCCAACCCUGUUUGUACAUUCGAAGAUGUCUUUGAGCACUAUCCUGACAUCAUGGCUAAUAUAAGAAAAGUUGGGUUUCAAAAGCCUACACCAAUUCAGUCCCAGGCAUGGCCGAUCAUAUUGCAAGGAAUUGAUCUUAUUGGCAUAGCACAGACCGGUACCGGGAAGACGCUGGCGUACUUACUGCCUGGAUUCAUUCACUUGACUUCACAACCAGUAUCCCAAAAUGAGCGUGGAGGUCCAGGGAUGUUAGUCCUUGCUCCCACCCGAGAGCUGGCACUUCAAGUAGAGGCAGAGUGUUCCAAGUAUGCGUACAAAGGAAUUAAAAGUGUUUGCAUAUAUGGUGGUGGAGACCGAAAAGGACAGAUAAACCUGGUGACCAAAGGAGUGGAUAUUGUCAUUGCCACUCCUGGCAGACUGAAUGAUCUUCAGAUGAAUAACUUCAUUAAUUUGAAGAGCAUAACUUAUUUGGUUUUAGAUGAGGCUGACAGAAUGUUGGAUAUGGGAUUUGAACCUCAGAUAAUGAAGAUCCUAAUAGAUGUGCGGCCUGACAGACAAACGACCAUGACAAGUGCUACAUGGCCUGAUGGUGUUCGUCGCCUAGCAAAAUCCUAUUUGAAAAACCCAAUGAUUGUGUAUGUUGGGACUCUUGACUUAGCAGCAGUAAACACAGUAGAACAGAAAGUUCUUGUUGUCCUUGAGGGGGAAAAGAGAGCUUUGAUGCAACACUUUGUUGAUUCUAUGAAGCCAAAAGAUAAGGUCAUCAUUUUUGUGGGGAAAAAAAAUACAGUUGAUGACAUAGCAAGCAACUUUGGUCUCCAAGGAAUUCCAGUGCAGUCACUUCAUGGGAACAGGGAACAGUAUGAUCGAGAACAGGCUUUAGAUGACUUCAAGAAAGGCAGAGUCAGAAUCCUGGUGGCUACUGACUUAGCAUCCCGUGGCCUCGACGUGCAUGAUAUAACUCACAUCUUUAACUUUGACUUCCCUCGCAACAUUGAAGAGUAUGUGCACAGAAUAGGUCGUACUGGAAGAGCUGGACGUACUGGGGUGGCACUAACACUCGUCACUGAGCAUGAUUGGAGGGUUGCGUCUGAGCUGAUUGAAAUUCUGGAAAGAGCAAAUCAAGUAGUUCCCCACCAGCUUGUUGCAAUGGCAGAAAGAUACAAACAAUUUCAAAUCAGAAAAGAAACUGAAAAGGGUGUACGAAGACCUCAGAGAAAGUCACCACAUCAACUGUAA